CAGAGCCCGCUUUUGCCCCCAACAAAGCAGCCUCACCCACAACACCCUCCAAGUUCACAUAUGGCCACAGCAAUGUCGAGUCCAGCACUCCCAUCCUUCAUCGAGCUUAUGGCAUCCCUUGGCCUCGACAAUGACGCCAAGCCCCGCCCAACAACUCCGUCUCCUUCUUCUCUAUCGCCGCCCGCACACAAGGGCCGCCCUCGCUCGGGCUCCGCCUCCUCCGUCUCCUCAGUUCUUACUGAUGGCAGCCGAGAACACGACGACCUCCGUCGCGCCCAGCGUCACAGAACAGUGCGCUAUUCGCCCUACAUCUCCGCAAGCUCAUCGGGCAGGCUGAGUAAAGCAUCUUCUCUUACCUCUCUUCGCGAGAGCCAGGACCAGGACCAAUCUCCACAAAGAUCCUCCUCACCCUCGCCGCCUCGCCGUCGCAGGCCUUCGCCGUUGCACGUCGAUCGUGAGCGUGAGCGCCCGGUCAGCAUGCCGAUCUCCACCUACCUUCGUCGCAAAACACCACAGAACUCCCCCACCGUUGCCAUGUUCCCUCAUCGUCAUCAACCAAGGAAUGACCUCGAAGAGCCCAAGCCUAUCAUGCCACCCUCGCUCAUUCCUCUGUUGCCACCCGUAUAAGCGCUCAUCAUCUCUCCCCUUUGCGCAUAUCGCCUCAUCGAUGAUACCAACGGGUAUCUCCGGCUAUGGUUCACUUAGGUGCCAGCCUUGCUUCCCCGCCAGUUGUCCGGCUGCCUACAUCUGAUUGUAGUCCUGGCCUUGCUUCUCGCCUGAACUUUUGCUUGGACAAACGGACCUGAUUACUAUCUUUCCGAUAUUUUGUUCUGCCUCGUUUUCAUGCCCAUCUCCCAUAUUGCACGCAAUAUUUAUAACAGCACGCAACCUCAUCGUCCCUCAUUGUCUUCAGGCUCAUUCAGCAUCACCUCAUCUCACCUCUUCUAUCUACACAACUCCUAAAACGCAUUUUGACUUCACCUGUCAAUUCUUACCCUCCCGUUGCGUUUUCCCCCGAUGGGUCAUACUCCCUUCACUCUCCCUGUCUGCGCCUUACAACCCAUGGUGCUCCUUCAAAAUGAAUGCGUCGGCGAGUCCAUGACACGCCUCCUCUCACGCGUUCGUCUUGGACUGUUCAGCCCCGCACCGUUGUACAUAUUUUCCCCCGCUUCUUGCCUGCUCUGUUUGUUCUGGUUAAUUGUUACAGAAUACCAAGUCGUCUGUUGACCGUGUAUGUGU